AUGCCUUAUUCUCCAGCUAAACUAUUCGAUAUUUACUGGUAUUCAUUCCCAUAUGUCAUGUUGACAAAGCCUGAACGCAUGUGCUUACGUAUGUAUUUUAUUAAAAAUAAGUGAUCUUGAACCAUAUCAAGAAAACAUUACUAACCAUUUAGACUUCUUUUUCCUUUCGUUUGCAUUAUUUAUUGGUUACGGCAUUGUUUUCUACAUUCCUUCCAAUACCAUGUUUCUCUUAUCUAGAGGAUACUACUAUCUCUCUGGUACUGAUACGGUUCAAAACAUAAGUGUCCAAUCUCUUUGA